AUGAAUAAACCAAUAUAUCGUGAGUACUCAAAUUUAAAAGGUGAUGAUGGUGAUCCUAAUAAUACUAUUUUAAUACAAAUUAAAGAGGAUAAUAGUCAUUAUCCUAUUGAAAAUUCAAUAAAACAAACUUUAAAUGAAUAUAACAAAUGCUUGGAACCAAACAUUUUUUCACCUUCUAAAUAUAACAGUGAUAGAUAAGAUUUAAAUAUAGAUACUUAAAAAGAAACAAAAACUCCAAGACUUGUAAUUUAGAAUAUAACAGACUCUGAUAAACUUAUAGAAAUAACAACUACUGAUCAUUAUGAAAAAGAAGAACCUACAAAACCUUAAAAAGGAAUGUUAGGUUUAGAGACUGUGGAAUAUCAAAAAAAAAGAAUCAAAUUCAGAAAUCCGACUUAUGAAUUUAAAGAGAAAUAAAAGAAGAUUUUUAAUUGGAAAUCAGAAGCAAUGAAAAAAUGGAAAAUCAAUCUUAUAAUUAUUUUUUUUGUUCUCAAAUUAGAAAAGAGAGUAAACCAUAAACCUUAAUUGAAACGAUAAACACAAACAAUAACUAAUGAAAAUACUAAUAAAAAACUUAAUUAAUCAGAAAAUAGAGUUAAAAAGAUUUGUUUUUCAAUAUUAAAAAUGAUGUUUGGAUUAUUUGUUGCUUUGCUUAUCAGUUUCAUGUUGUUACCAUUUAUUUUGAUUUCAGAUUUAUUCUUAAGGAUCUACACUUAUAUUAGUUUAUAUGUAAAGUAUGCUAUGUCCUAUGAUAACAAAUGUUACAGGAUAAUUCUAUUGAUGCAAUUUUAUAUAUAUGCUUUAGCCAUCGUAAUAGCAUUGUUAACUAAUCUCUAUCAAACUUUGAUUACGUCUGUAGAAUUCAUAUACAAUAUUGUUGGUACAAUCUAAAAUAAUAUAUCCAAUAUUAGUAGAUUAUUAUAUCAUACUAUUAACACUCAUUUCUCUAAAUCAAAAUGA